AUGCCUGCCAGGUCCCAGAACCAUAAAUCGAAUAAUGCCCGCCACGCGCGUACGACCUCUUGGAGCAGUGGCUAUCACCAUAUAACGGGCACCGGCGGCGAAUCUUCCGAAGUUCCUCAACGACGCCGUCGCGAAUCUAAUUUAUCCCUCGCUUCUGUCGACGAGGGCCCCUCCUCCCCAGAUUCCCCCGGCCCCGAUGCCCCCGACAUGAUCCGCAACACCUCCAUGGAUCUGGACGCCCACGCCCUCAAGAGCGGCCAUAUGCGCUCGCGCUCCCAGAGUCAGCAGCAGAUGCUGGCGAUGCAGGGGAGCGAGCUCCCCGCCGAGCCCGUCGCCCGUCCCGGCCCCGUCACUUGGAUGUCCCUUCCGCGAAAGGGCCAAUUAGCCCUCCUCGGCCUUUGCCGUGUGUUCGAUUUCCUACAGAUCGCCUCGCUACAGGCUUACAUGUUCUACCAGCUCAAGUCCUUUGACGAGAACCUCUCGGACUCCGACGUUGCGACCCAGGCCGGUAUUCUCCAAGGUGCCUUCACCGCCGCCCAGUUCGCGACGGCCAUUCCUUGGGGCCGUGUCGCCGAUGCAGAGUGGGGUGGUCGCCGAUUUGUGCUGCUGGUCGGCCUGGUUGGUACUGCUGUCUCUUGUCUUGGUGUUGCUUUCUCCACGUCAUUCGCGCAGGCCGUGUUCUGGCGUUCGUUCGGUGGUGCGAUCAACGGUACCGUUGGUAUUAUUCGGACCAUGAUUGCGGAGAAUGUCAAGGAGAAGAAGUAUCACUCGCGCGCCUUCUUGAUUCUCCCUAUUGGCUUUAAUAUUGCCUCGCUUUUCGGUCCUGUUAUGGGUGGCAUGUUCGCCGAUCCCGUCAAGGCCUAUCCUCGAUUGUUUGGACCUAACUCGUCCUUUGGUGGCGCGGAUGGUGUGCAAUGGUUGGAGAAGUAUCCCUACUCCCUGCCCAUGUUGGCCAACUUCGUUUUCCUGACCAGUUGCGCAUGCCUGGUCGGUUACGGUCUGGAAGAGACCCUGCUCUCCUGCAAGGGCAAGCCUGGCCUGGGCUCAUUCGCUAUGAAAUUCCUCGCCCGCGGUGUGAAGAAGGUUGUUGGUACCUCUUCCCCUCUGUACUCUCGUCUUCCGUUCCGUGAUUACGAUGAGGAUGGUCCCCUUCUGGCCGGCCAGAUGGAUCGUGCGGAGAGCUACGAGCUCGAGGAGAAGGCCAAGCCCAUGCGUGUCAAGCGUGUCUUGUCUUUCCGCAGAAUCUGGACCAAGAACGUACUGUGUACACUUAUCGCCCAGGCCUUCUUCGACUUCCAGAUGGGCGCCUUCAACAACCUCUGGCUUCUCUUCCUUUCGACUCCCCGCUACGACGCCAACGACCCCGCCUCCCCCACCCAGCGCCUACCCUUCGUCUUCACUGGUGGUCUUGGUAUGCUUCCUCAGAGUGUUGGUUUUGCUACCGCUAUCCUGGGUGUCAUCGGCAUGUUCCUCCAAUUCACCGUCUAUCCCUCCAUCAAUGGUCGUCUUGGUACAGCCAAGAGCUACCAAUACUUCCUUUCUCUCUUCCCGCUGGCCUACGCCCUUGCACCAUACAUCGCACUGGCCCCGUCCACUAUCCCUCCUCCCGGACAAGCCAACGGACCCUGGGUCUGGUUCUGGAUCAUCGUCGUCCUCUUCUGCCAGGUCACCGCCCGAACCUUCACCCUCCCGACCUCCAUCAUUCUCCUCAACAAUUGUUCACCGCACCCUUCGGUCCUGGGCACCAUCCAUGGUAUCGGUCAGUCCGUGUCAUCUGCCUUCCGAACCAUCGGCCCCAUCUUCUCGGGUGCAUGGUACGGCUACGGUCUGGACAUUGGCAUGGUUGGCUUUGCCUGGUGGCUAAUUGCCCUGGUCUCCAUCUUUGGCUGCGGUGCUGCCAUCUUCGUGUACGAGGGCUCUGGUCACGAGAUCCUUCUUCCUGGCGAGGAGGACGAAUUCGACCAUGGCCAUUAG